AUGGGCUCGGCGCCCGCGGGCUCCGUGCGAGCGCGCUACCUCGUGUACUUCCAGUACUUGGGCACCGCCUUCAACGGGGUCGCGGCUGUCAGGGGCACCCAGCGCGCCGUUGGAGUCCAGAACUUCUUGGAGGAGGCCGCAGAAUGCCUGAAUUCAGUGGAGCCAGUCAAGUUUACCGUUUCCAGCCGCACAGAUGCUGGCGUCCACGCGCUGAGCAACGCAGCACAUCUGGAUAUCCAGCGCUGCUCGCAUCAGCCCCCUUUCUCCCCCGAAGUACUGACCCAGGCCCUCAACACCCACCUGAGACACCCAGCCAUCAGGGUAAUACGGGCCUUCAGAGUGCCCAGCAACUUCCACGCCCGACACUCAGCCAUAGCGAGGACCUACCUGUACCGCCUGGCCACUGGCUGCCCAAGGGCAGACCAGCUCUCUGUGUUUGAACGGAACCUGUGCUGGACUCUUCCAGCGGACACCCUGGACGUGGAUGCCAUGCAAGAGGCUGCCCACCACCUCCUGGGGACACAUGACUUCAGUGCCUUCCAGUCAGCUGGCAGCCCCGCCAAUAGCCCAGUGCGCACACUGUUACGUGCCACUGUGUCCCCUGGGACUGCUAGCCCCUUUGUCAGUCCCCAAGAGUACAGGGAGCUGCGGUUCUGGAACCUGGAGUUUGAGAGCCAGUCCUUCCUGUACCGGCAGGUGCGGAGGAUGACAGCAGUGCUGGUGGCUGUGGGACUGGGAGUGCUGACCCCUGCCCAGGUGAAGACAAUUCUGGAGAGUAGAGACCCCCUUGGCAAGCACCAGACACAUGUAGCCCCAGCCCAAGGCCUGUUCCUCAUGGCAGUUCGGUACCCAGGCCUCACAUGACAAGGUGAGAGAAGACACAGGGACUGGCAGGAGCCAGCUGUGCUCUCCACUGCCAAGCCCUCCUCAGACAGGAGUCUGGACUGCACCCUGCAGGGAGGCCCAGGAGCUCAGGAUGGGGAAAUUUCUAGCCAGCCCAAGGACCCUAAGAUGGAGGUCUCAUGGGACAGCUCUGGCCAAGUCUGCACCUCCACAUUCCUGGGUACCUAG